AUGUUGACAAGUUCUGUCGCCUCUCAUCUGCACCCAGAGAGUUUCUAUACCGGUCCUCUAGAGCCAUGGGUACGGGACAUUCAGCGCUCACCCGAUGCCAGGAACUGCAACAUCGAGCGUAUUGUACAUCGAAAGUGUACUACUGGCAUGGAGCAUGAGUUUCUGAUCCUCUACGCUCAAGAUGCUGCUGGUCAAGGAGUCGUCCUCUCUGUUGACCGCAACGCUUCUGAGGAAGCCCGAUUCACCUUGAGGGCAUCUCUACCACCAGAAAACGAUCCCUCGUCACCUCUGGACUCACCAUCACCAGAAGCAGUACCUGCGUACGAUCGGGUCGAGGUCUCUCACGACGGCACUGCAGACUACAUCUUAGCCCGCCACGGCGCGACCCUCUGUCUUAACACCCUCGCUUUCCCUCCGGUAUCACGGCCCUCCGUCCAACACCUCGCCGUGCUUCUCCGAGUCAUACAUGAGGAGUUUCCCCAUUACGCUGCUCUUCAGCACCAGUGUUACUGGUUCGCCCGCGCCGUUUUUAUGUCACUGGCGGCGCUCUUUGAAGGCGUGGAGGAACCUGAUCCGGAACACCAUGAUCUGCAGGCAACAUUUCGAGGAGCCCAUGUCUCCUUAUACGAGGCUUCAACCACAGCGAUCCAGAACAUGCUUUUACUUCCAGUCCUCGAAUUCCCGCUACUUUUGAUACCAGCCUCUAUGGUGGCUAUGUAUACGACCUUCAAGCUUUACAAGGGACAUGCCGUGUCGACCGUCGACUCGAGAAGAGAAGUUAGUGACGCAGAGAUUAGGAAGCACGGUAUCCCCCAGAAGUAUCAUCAAGCGUGGCGUAUAUUUCUCGACGUAACAAAGUCCGACCGAAUUCGGUGA